CGUGAUCGCCGAGGAAUGCGCUGCGCUCGUGAAGUGUGUCCGUUCAGAGAGGAGAAAAGACAGCCUCCGUCCCAGAGUGUGUAUCAUGGGUUUGUAGGAGUAAAGCUUCUCCUCGUCGGACCAGUUUUUCCAGUCGGAUUGAUUGAUAACACAGAGAGAACAGCUCUUCCACUCUGGCACGGAGCGAACAUGGAACAAUAAAACGCAUAGAACAGCUUCAGAGGAGUCACACAAGUCGAUUUGAGAUCGAGGGUCUCUCAGGAUGAGUGCUCGAGCGCGGGCCGCUUCCCAGGGUUCUCUGGAGGAGCCAGAUGACGAGGUGGUGCCCUACAGCGACGACGAGACAGACGACGAGUUACAGUCGGAAGAUGAUCUGGAUCGCAGCGAAGACCAGCUCCCGGAACCGGAAACCAUACCUGCACCUGCCGCCGAGCCCAGCUGGAGCAUCCGAGCCAAUGACAGGGAAUAUUGCAAUCAGCCCCAGUUCAAGAAGAAGGUCUUUCUGUGCAUCAAGAAAAGCAAAUAUUCUGGCAAUGCAAUCAAGACCUACAAAUACAACGUCUUCACCUUCCUGCCGCUGAACCUGUACGAGCAGUUUAAGAGAGUGGCCAACCUCUACUUCCUGUGUCUGCUGAUCCUGCAGAUCAUUCCUCAAAUCUCCACGCUGCCGUGGUACACCACCCUGGUGCCGUUAGUGCUGGUGUUGGGCAUCACUGCCAUUAAAGACCUGGUGGAUGACCUGGCACGACACAGGAUGGACAAAGAAAUCAACAACAGAAGGUGUGACGUGCUGCUCAAUGGCAGGUUUGAAAAAACCAGAUGGAUGAACCUACAAGUUGGUGACGUGGUCAGACUAAAGAAAAACGAUUUUAUCCCGGCUGAUAUUCUGUUGUUGUCCAGUUCAAAUCCCAACAGUCUGUGUUAUGUAGAGACGGCGGAGCUCGACGGAGAGACGAAUCUGAAGUUUAAGAUGGGUCUCAAGGUGACUGACGAGCGUCUUCAGGAGGAGAAUCAGUUGGCCCGGUUUAAUGCGUUGAUCAUGUGUGAGGAGCCCAACAACCGUCUGGAUAAGUUUGUGGGAACGAUGAUCUGGGAUGCUCAGAGUUACCCGCUCGACCUGGACAACAUGCUGCUCAGAGGAUGCAAGAUUCGUAACACGGACGAGUGCCACGGCCUGGUCAUAUUCGCAGGAAAUGACACUAAAAUCAUGAGGAACGGAGGGAAGACCAGGUUCAAGCGCACCCUGAUAGACAAACUCAUGAACUACAUGGUCUACACGAUCUUUGUGUUGUUGGUUUUGUUGUGCGCUGGUCUGGCCAUCGGACACACGUACUGGUACGAGAGCAUCGGCUCGAAGGCCUGGUAUCUGUAUGACGGCCUCAACUACUCUUCAUCUUACCGAGGCUUCCUCAGUUUCUGGGGCUACAUCAUCAUCCUCAACACCAUGGUGCCCAUUUCUCUCUAUGUGAGCGUGGAGGUGAUCCGCCUGGGUCAGAGUAAGUUCAUUAACUGGGAUCUGCAGAUGUACUACGCUGACAAAGACACACCGGCCAAAGCCAGAACCACCACGCUGAACGAGCAGCUGGGCCAGAUCGAGUACAUCUUCUCUGAUAAAACCGGCACGCUCACGCAGAACAUCAUGGCCUUCAAGAAGUGCACCAUUAGAGGACGCACUUACGGUGAUCCCACCAGUGCAGAUGGUGUGGCCUUGGACCGUGGAAAGCCUGUGGAUUUCAGUUGGAAUGAGAAUGCCGACAAGAAGUUCGAGUUCGAAGACCAUUUCCUCGUUUCCUGUAUCCGUUCGAAGAAGGAUCCGCAAGUACUGGAGUUCUUCAAACUCCUGUCCUUGUGUCACACCGUCAUGGUGGAGCAGAAAGGGGAUGAGCUGGUGUACCAGGCCGCGUCUCCUGACGAGGGCGCUCUGGUCACGGCCGCACGCAACUUUGGGUUCGUGUUCCUGUCCCGAACGCAGGACACCAUCACCAUCAUGGAGCUGGACCAUGAGGAGACCUACGAGGUGCUCGCUCUGCUCGACUUCAACAGCGACCGCAAGCGCAUGUCCAUCAUCCUGAGAUUUCCAGAUGGUAGAAUCCGUCUGUACUGUAAGGGUGCAGACACUGUGAUCUACCAGCGACUGGAUGCCAAUAGCAAGAAUAAAGAAACCACGCAAGAAGCUCUGGAUAUCUUUGCGAACGAGACGCUGCGAACUCUGUGUCUGUGCUAUAAGGACAUCAGUCAGGCGGAGUAUGACGCUUGGUCUCAAAAACACCAGGCCGCCAGUGUUUCGAUGGGGAACCGUGAGGAGGCUCUGGACGUGCUGUACGAAGAGAUCGAGAAAAACCUUCUGCUGAUUGGAGCAACAGCCAUUGAAGAUAAACUUCAGGACGGCGUUCCAGAAACCAUUGCAAAACUGGCCAAAGCUGACAUCAAGAUCUGGGUUCUGACCGGAGACAAGAAAGAGACCGCUGAGAACAUCGGCUUCUCCUGCCAGCUGCUGACCGACGAUAUGAAGAUCCACUACGGAGAGGACGUGAAGUACGUGUCAGCUGACGGACUUUCUGUGCAGAAUGAGAUUCUGUACGAGAAGAAGAAGAAGCGCCGUCGCUUGCGUCUGAAGAAGCUGAGGAAGCGGCACACAAACUCCAGCAGCGCUACGGACAGCAGCCAGCCCGUGGACGACUGGGAGAAGGAGAAGAGACAGGAGGACUUCGUGGACAUGGCCUGUGAAUGCAGCGCGGUGAUCUGCUGCCGCGUCACACCCAAACAAAAGGCCAACGUGGUCAGUCUGGUCAAACGCUGCAAGAAAGCCGUGACCCUGUCCAUCGGCGACGGAGCCAACGACGUCAACAUGAUCAAGACUGCGGACAUCGGUGUGGGCAUCAGCGGUCAGGAGGGGAUGCAGGCUGUGAUGUCCAGCGAUUACGCCUUCGCUCAGUUCCGUUACCUUGAGCGCCUCCUGCUGGUCCACGGACGCUGGUCCUACAUCCGCAUGUGCAAAUUCCUGCGCUACUUCUUCUACAAGAACUUCGCCUUCACCCUGGUGCACUUCUGGUUCUCCUUCUUCAACGGAUUUUCCUCACAGACGGCAUAUGAAGACUGGUUCAUCACGCUCUACAACGUCUGCUACAGCAGUCUGCCUGUUCUCCUCGUCGGCCUUCUGGAUCAGGAUGUGAACGACAAACUGAGUUUGCGCUUCCCGAAGCUGUAUCUCCCGGGGCAGCAAGGAUCGCUGUUCAACUACAAGAACUUCUUCAUCAGCUUGUUCCACGGCAUCUUCACGUCCCUCAUGAUCUUCUUCAUCCCAUACGGCGCGUUCCUGCAGACCAUGGGACAGGACGGCGAGGCUCCGUCUGAUUACCAGUCCUUCGCUGUGGUCGCAGCUUCAUCGCUCAUCAUCACCGUCAACCUGCAGAUCUCGUUAAACACCUCCUACUGGACGUUCGUGAACUUUUUCGCGGUCCUCGGCAGUAUAGCCAUUUACUUCGGCGUCAUGUUUGACAUCCACAGCGCAGGAAUCCACGUCAUUUUCCCAACCACCUUCACUUUCACAGGCGCGGCGUCUAACGCUCUGAGACAGCCGUACCUGUGGCUGACCAUCAUCCUGACGGUGGGGAUCUGUCUCCUUCCCGUCAUCUGCAUCCAGUUCCUCUAUCAGACCAUCUGUCCCUCGGUCGGAGACAAGGUCCAGAGGAACAGGAAGAAGUACGAGCUGGAGGAUGAAGAAGAGGAGAAGAAGAAGAGGAAGCCAACGUUCCAGCGUGGCGGACGCUCCCGUCGCUCCGCUUACGCCUUCUCGCACUCGCGCGGCUACGCCGACCUCAUCGCGUCGGGACGCAGCAUACGCCAGCGACCGCGUGUCCGGCCCGAGCUCAGAGAGAGCAUACGAGAGGUUCCUCAGGCCGAGAACAUCUGAAACCAGCCCCAGACACUCACUACCCUGUCAUAUCUGAGCUGCCCACGGGCCAAUAGGAAGAGGCCAAGUGUCAUUAAAGGGGAGGGACUAAUGAAAGAGCCAAUGGGAAAUGGGGACAAAGGGCUUUAAAGGGAAAGUACAAGUAAACACUCACCGCUGACCAGGACUGGUUUUAACGUUGCGCACUGCGUACAACAAAUUGUUUAUCUCAGGUUUUUAUUUCGUGUUUUUUUUUUUUUUUUACUUCAAUCACAAUUUUGUCCAUUUUUUUUUUUUUUUU